GUAUAUAUUAAUGGCCACCUAGUCUAAUCGCGUGUAUAUAUAUAAUAUGUAUUUAGUUGAUAAUCGUUGGCGAAACCGCACCGGUUUUAGGAUAGAUUUUCUUAUAUUUCUACUGUUAGGAUUAUCGUGCGUCAAUAUCGCGCAAUCCAAGAAAACAAAAUUUAGGUAUUCUCAUUUUAAAUCAAGAUUAGAAGAUGUAUUUCAAAAUUUCACCAGGAUGCAGGCGAAGGGAAGCGAAAAGGAUGGUUAUUUUACGAAUACUUGGGCGGUGGAGUUCCACGACCCCGCUGAAGAGAAAGACGUCGCGAGAAUCGCUAGGAAACACGGUUUUAUCGUUUUGGACAAGAUCGGCAGUUUGAAGAACCAUUUUCACUUAAGACACGACGAUGUAAAGGAACUACAUCAUAAACACGCUCGGGAGAAGACAGAUCUCCUGAUGCUUGAGAAAGAGGUGAAGGAAGCCACACAACAGAAAUACAUUCACAGAAUGAAGCGAGAUGGUAUACCAAGUGACCCAAAAUUUGGAGAAAUGUGGUAUCUGCUAAAUUCUGGUCAGACUGGUGGUCCCGUUGGGGUGGACACAAACGUAUUGCCUGUUUGGAAGAGCGGUAUCACAGGGCGUGGAGUGGUGAUCUCAGUUUUAGAUGAUGGUCUUGAUCACACUCAUCCGGACCUCUCUCCAAACUAUUUGCCGGAAGCGAGUUAUGAUUUCAAUAGUCACGAUGCUGACCCCGCACCACGAGAUGAGGAUCCUGAUAACUGUCACGGUACCAGAUGCGCAGGUGAAAUCGUCGCUGUGGCCAACAACAGUAACUGUGGCGUGGGUGUGGCGUACAACGCCAAAAUUGGGGGCGUGCGCAUGUUAGAUGGCAAAGCAACGGACGCUCUGGAAGCGAGUGGUCUGAGCUUUGGCAAGGAACUUAUCGAUGUUUACGUAAACUGUUGGGGUCCGAAAGACGACGGGAAGACUUUCGGCAAACCUGGGCCCCUCGCUGCCAAAGCUUUGAAACAGGGAGCUACUUUGGGUCGUAAUGGUAAAGGCAACAUCUAUGUGUGGGCAACGGGCAAUGGUGGUCUCACAGACGAUGAUUGCAACUGUGAUGGUUACACGACCAGUAUUUACACCAUCUCCAUCGGCUGCAUCAGCGAUCACGGUCUGUCGACCUACUACACAGAGUUGUGUGCUUCCACUUUGGCUGUCACAUUCAACGGCGGCGCCCAUAGGGAACGUGAGGAAAAUAAGAUGAUCACUACAGAUUUGUUCCACAAAUGUACGGAAGAAUUCAAAGGAACGUCUUCAGCGGCACCCAUCGCUGCAGGAAUAUUCUCUCUCACAUUAGAAGCAAACCCCAACCUCACGUGGAGAGACAUGCAGCAUAUCAUAGUGGAGACAGCGCAGAUGACCAGCCCUGUGGACGAGGGAUGGAUGAAGAAUGGCGCUAGUAAACAUUUCAACCACAAGUUUGGUUUUGGACGCAUGGACGCUGCGAAGAUGGUUGAAAGAGCAAAAAUCUGGACAAAUGUUAGCCCUCAGAAAACGUGCGUUGGUCAGGUCUUUGAUAAACAGAGGGACAUACCAUCAACGGGCAGCAUGGAGUUUCAGUUCUCGUCAGACGCCUGUACUGGCGGGGAUAAUCAGGUGGAUAAACUAGAACAUGUCGUGUUAAGUGUAAGUUUUAUCCAUCGACGUCGCGGGGAUCUAAGCUUACUCCUUAUUUCACCCUCGGGGACAAAAAGCGAGUUGCUGUCAACAAGACGUUACGAUGAUUCGAAGGAAGGCUUGGACGACUGGAAGUUUAUGACUGUUCAUUUCUGGGGUGAAAAUCCCAAGGGUAUUUGGAAGGUAAAAGUGACAGAUAGUCCACUUGAUGACAAUGGUCAGCGCAUGGUGUCAGGAUACGGGACACUUCAUGCUGAUACAAGUAAACAGGAACAUGAUGUUGAAGAUUUGGAGCAACAAGUGAUUGAUGAUCAAACUAAACAACAGCAAAAUCUUGUUAAUCAAAUGAAAAUGAAGGAACCACAUAUCGACUUUCCCUACCCACCUGGCGUCCGUCGCAAUAACCUAAACGCGACCUCGGUGGAAACCUUGGACACUCAGCCUCAGUACUCCACGAACUACAAUUACGAUGGCGUCACCAGUUCUCAGUCCAUCAAACGAUGGAAGGUGCCCGGUACCUCGACUCUGGAGAAUCAGAAAAACGCUCGAAACCAGCAGCUGAAGCACAACAUAAGAAAGGUCCAAGUCGCGGAGGAAAAAGCGACCCAAAGAGUUCAAGUGAACGCCGGAUACGAAGAUCCCGAAAUAGUUUGUUUGGGUUCUUCCACUUGCUCUGGAGUAUUUCUUCGUUACGGUUUGACUAUUUACGGUACUCGUGAUGGGGAGACAGUAUUUUGAAACGUGGUUAUAAAAGUUGGAUAACUAGCUAACUCUCGAGACGAGGAUCUUCAUGAACUACAUGGCUAAGUUUCCCGUAUUUUUUUAUCCUAAAUCUUUUUUAUAACUAAAUCUGGAAGUGCGAUAUGCGAGGGAGAAACAAUUCACUCAGGAUUGCAAGUUUCUGGGAAAAACUAUUUGAACCACGUAAAAACAACGAGAACAUGCACUUCAUCGAGAAACUAAUUUCGAGACAGCGGCGUUGAAACCGGGGGGGAGGCUCUGAAGGUACAUUCCUUCCCGCUUUUCGCCCAAGGAUGCCUAAAUGAGCUUCCUUGUACCCCCCCCGUUUGGAACUGCAGAUAAGGCUUGUUUUUCUCUUUAACCGUAUCUUAGUCAAUUGUAGGGUAUUCCUUUGUUUCAAAGUCAUUAAUUCUAGCGAAGUACCCUUGAAACAAUGAUGUACGAUACGCCCUCCUAAUACGAUACGGUUAAAAUGGAAACAGCCCUAAGUUUUUAAACCAAUCGAAUUUCGCAGGUCUAUCCAGUGACUGUGAAAGAUCAGUCAAUACUUGAUGCGAUUAGCCGAUUACUGAUAUCACUUGAUAUCACUUGAUAUCACUUGAUAUCGUUUGAUAUCACUACUAAUCAGGAUAAAACUAUCAAUAUCCUCUUUUUAAGGCCCUUGGGGUAAGUCUAAUUAUAGAAGUCUUACGUAAGGACUAUCAUUUCUCUUUCCCACAUUUAUGAUUUUGGGUGAACUAACAUUACAAUUAUCCUCGAUGGUAGAUAGAGUUCUCGAAAACUUUGUCGAGUGGUAGGCAACGUAUUGUGCCUUCAGCCACCAUUACGUCAUGUAGCUACAAAUAUUGCAAUUAUCAAUGUGGCAGGACCAAAAUGAAUAAAUUAGUUUUUGUGUUAAA